GAUGUUGCUGUUUCACAACACCACAGGAAGCGCACGAGCUGCGCCGUGUUCUUUAACCUAGUUGGUAUAUUGUAGAUUUUACUGUUACUGUGUGAAUACUCCUAAACAUGGGAUAGCAUUGUCGGCCCACUGAGUUUAACUUUGACACCAUGGUGUCGCUGUCGUGGCUGCAGCGUCUGAGCAGCGCUUUACUGUCGCGAGGCGACAGUGCAGCUCUGCUCGUGUUCCUGCUCGUGCUCUGUUUACUUUAUGUUCGUCAGAAGCGACGGGACCUCGCGAAAAUCCCACCGGGACCGCCGCCGUGGCCGCUAGUCGGGAACUUCGGCUUCUUCUUCGUGCCCUCUUUCAUCCGGAGGAGGUUUGGACCGAAAUCUGACAGCGCCGACAAAAACGCGAUGAUUGCUUUAACGGAAAAAGCCGAAGUUUAUGGCAACAUGUUCAGUAUUUUUGUCGGGAGCCAGUUGAUGGUGGUGCUGAACGGAUAUGAGGUGGUCAAGGAUGCGCUUUCAAACCAUCCCGAGGUGUUCUCCGACAGACCAGAUAUCCCCACUGUCACCAUCAUGACCAAACGCAAAGGAAUAGUCUUUGCACCUUACGGGCCAGUGUGGAGAAAGCAGCGUAAGUUUUGCCACACCACACUCCGAAACUUUGGCCUGGGGAAACUGAGCUUGGAGCCUUGCAUCCAGCAAGGCCUGGCUACCCUCAAGACGGAGCUGCUGCAGCUGAGUGAGAAGUCUGCUGCCACCGGGUUGAACCUGGCCCCGCUGAUUAGCAACGCCGUGUCAAACGUCAUCUGCUCACUGAUCCUGGGACAGCGUUUCCACCACGAGGACCCCGAGUUCCGCAACAUGCUGGGCCUGAUGGAUCGUGGGCUGGAGAUCUGCGUGAACAGCCCUGCGGUCCUCAUCAACAUCUUCCCCCUGCUGUACUACCUGCCUUUUGGGGUAUUCAAGGAGUUGCGUCAGGUGGAAGAAGACAUCACAGCGUUUCUGAAGAGAAUUAUUGUCAAGCACCGGGAAACAUUAGACCCAGAUCACCCGAGGGAUCUUGUGGACAUGUACUUGAUGGAGAUGGUGGCCAAGCAAGCUGCUGGAGAGGAGAACAGCAGCUUCACAGAAGACUAUCUCUUUUAUAUAAUAGGAGAUCUCUUCAUCGCUGGCACUGACACCACCGCAAACUCAGUUUUGUGGAUUCUGCUCUACAUGGUCCUGCACCCUGAUAUCCAAGACAAGGUCCAGAGAGAGAUCGAUGAAGUGGUGGGCGUACAGCGGAUCCUGUCUUUGACUGACAAGGGAAGUUUGCCUUUUACUGAAGCCACCAUCAUGGAGGUGCAGAGACUGACUGUUGCGGUCCCUCUGGCUAUUCCUCACAUGGCCUCCGAGACAACAGAGUUCAGAGGCUACACUAUUCCGAAAGGAACAGUUAUUGUUCCCAACCUGUGGUCUGUUCAUAGAGAUCCUACAGUAUGGGACGAGCCCGACAGUUUCAACCCAGCACGCUUCUUAGACGAGGAGGGAAAGGUGUUCAGGAAAGAGUGCUUCAUACCAUUCGGGAUUGGUCGCAGAGUGUGCAUGGGUGAACAGCUGGCGAAGAUGGAGCUGUUCCUGACGGUUACCAGCUUACUGCAGGCCUUCAAAUUCAGCCUGCCAGAGGGAACGCCUCCUCCUACGCUGAACGGACGAUUCGGCCUGACGCUGGCUCCCUGCCUAUACAAUGUGUGCGUGAGCCCUCGUAGUUGAAACACUGGAAUAUUUGAUUCUCUCCAAAUCAAAGACCUUGACCAACCGCAAGACAAUAUAAUCUGUGUUAUAUUAAAAAGGAUAUGAACAAAGUACGUUUUUAUUUUUAUUUGAUGUAUGUAUCAUUUUGCUAAUGCAGUUAUGGCUGCAUAGCAUGUUCAUCUUUACAAUGUUAUGAUCCAAAGCAGCUUCUAAUUAUCUCCUUUGAGAUGCUGGAACCAGCAAAUGUUUAAUAUAUUUACUUAUAUUAUAUAUUUACUUAUUUAUAUGUGUGUAUAUAUAUAUAUAUAUACUUGAUAAUCAAGUAACAAUUAAGGUCAGUUUUAUGAUGCAUAAAGAGAUGCACUGAGAGAUUAGUACAUGUUUAUUAGAUUUUUCAGUUAAAAAAUUAUU